AUGUUAAACUCAUUUCAAAACACCGUAAAAUAUUUGCGAUUGGUGAACAUCAAAACAGCAUUGACCACUCUAAAAGAAUGUAAGCCAAAUAUAAUAGCAAAACCUAACCUAGACUUGAUGUCGAAAGCAAAAACAAUUUCUUUCAGUCCGCGAUAUAUCAAUUUUGAAAUACAAGACAAGCCCAAAGAUAAUAAAAUCCAGCGAGAUCCAAUAGCCUACACUCCCAUCAUAAACCCGAGAUCAAUUCUACCAUUAAUUGAGUCUAACUGGCAGAAAGAUGAGAUUGGUUUGCCAGCUAUUGAUCGAGAAGAAAAGCAAGCUGUGCGUUUAAUCGUAAUCAGGCGGAAGAAGAUGAAGAAGCACCAAAGAAGGAAGUUGUGGAAAAGGAUGAGACAUCGCUGGGCUAGGGUGAAGAAAAAUCGUCGCAUUAAGAAAGAGAAGGUCUUUCAAUCAGAACUAGCAAUGAUGGUGAAGCAAGCUCAUGAGUUUUCUGCAGAGCAAUAUGUUGCUAGCAAGAUUGACCGUGCAAAUCAUACACCACUGCCAACACGCUGGAAACAUAAGCGUCUACCUCAAUUUAUUAUCCGCCAGUUACUGGGCAUUGACAAGAAGAUCAAUUACAAGCACACAGAUGUUUAUAAGGCUUAG